AUGAGACCUGCAGUUUUCCUGCUGAGCUUGUUCUACUGCUCAGCAUUGGCAUCUCAAAGCAAGUUGAUAGCGUCGACAUCCCAAGGCCCGCUGAUAGGUAAAACGGAAAGAUUCGAUGGCAGUACGGUGGAGGCAUAUCUGGGGAUCCCCUAUGCCCAGCCGCCUGUAGGAAAGCUGCGAUUCCGCAAGCCCGUUCCUCUGGCCUCGUGGAAUGGAACGUACGACGCACGCAAGGCCAAACAUUCCUGCAUACAGACCUUGUACCCCAUUAUCUUUCACAUAGAAACAGACCUCUCGGAAGACUGCCUUUACUUGAAUGUGUGGACCCCAAGCAAAGGGGGGCCCCGCAGGCCCGUCUUGGUUUGGAUCCAUGGCGGGGCUUUCAAGUUCGGCUCUUCUCACGAGCGCUGGUACAAUGGUGCUGCACUUGCCUCCCUGAACAAUGUCGUUGUAGUGUCCCUAAACUACAGACUCGGCUUGUUCGGUUUCUUGAAUUCCGGUGAUGAAGAAGCCCCAGGAAACAUGGGCCUAUGGGACCAGAAUGAGGCCCUCAAGUGGAUCCAGAGGAACAUCGCGAAUUUCGGCGGAGACCCCGACCUAGUCACACUGUUCGGAGAGAGCGCCGGCAGCAUGAGUGUACACGCCCACGUGUUGUCUCCGCAUAGCAAGGGACUCUUCAGGCGAGCAGUUAUGCUUAGUGGUACGCUGAGCUACAACUUGCCUGUAGAAAGCGUGUCCGAGAGCGUUCAGAGAGGCGACGUGGUGGCCCGGAUGCUAGGUUGCGCUGGCUCGCGCGCGGCUCAGUUGCGGUGCCUGCGCGCAAAGGGUGCCGAGGAGCUGCAUAAGGCAGCCGAGGAAGCUGCCUCCAACAGGAUCGUCACUUUCUUCCCAACGUCCAAAUCGGAGUUCCUGCCAGUGCUUCCUUCUCACGCGGCUCCGACGAAAGACUACGACCCCAUCGACGCUCUUGUCAGCGUCACGGCGGACGAAGGCGCCUUUGCGGCCAUAUUCCAACCAGACACGAGGCUCUGGGCACAGGAGCUCCCUCAGCUAGAUGAUGAGGCCUUAAAUAAGACCAUCCAGAUCCUCAUUCAAGUGUGGAGCUUGGACAGAGUGCUUCCCAUAGGCAUAUCGUACAUCGACAGAGUGGCUUCAAAUGGCAAGCAGGCUGUAAGGAAAGCACUGAUAGAUUUUGCGGGAGAUGCUUAUUUCAAGUGUCCCUCAAUGGCGUUCAGCCGAAACCACUCUCGGGAUGGAGGCAAGGUGUACGCAUUCGUGUUCGGCUACCGGUCCGACAAGUACGAAUUCCCCGAGUUUUUUGGAGUGCCACACACGAGUGAUAUUCCGUACUACAUGGGAGGGCCUUUCCUGGACGCAGAAAAGUACACGGACAAAGACCGAGAAGUGAGCAGGAAAGCCAUGGACAUCUUGGUGUCAUUCGCAAAAACAGGGUAUGUUCACUGCUUAUGCUAA